AGUGGUGGUGCUCAGCCCCGGUACCCCGCUGCAGCAGGACAGGAUGGGACGGGGAGGGAACGGGGCUGCCGCGAGCAUCCUUGGGCGCAGCGAGCGCCCGGGGUCUCAGCACCCAGCCGGGGGCUCUCGGCUUGGAGCCCCCCAGGGAGCGGGGACGGAUCCGGAGGCGCCGCGUGGGGACGGUGCAGCGACCGAAGCGGCGUCGUGCCCAGGGGCCCGGCCGUGCCGUGAGCUGGCCGGGGCUCAGCGCGGCCGCCCGGGCUCCUGCUGGCAGCGGGGAGCUGGAAGGAGCGGCACCAGGCCGGCAGAACCCUUGCCUUGCCUCUCCUCGCUCCCCGAAAAAGGCUCCCGACCAGGAGAGACCGGAGGCUGCGGACAAUCCCCGUGCCCACCGGCGGUCCGAGCCGCGCCAGGUGCUGGCAAUUUCUUGCGGGAUGUUCUGCUCGCUGGCGGCCCCGACAGCCCCCACGCCAAGGUGAUGCGGGGGCAGAUCACCCUGUCCCAGCUCUUCUCGGAGGUGGAGGAGGGCUGCAAACAGCACGCCUCGGCCGCGGGCAUCGCCCUGCCGCCCGCCUUCUCCAUCGCCCGGGCUUUCGAGGAGAUGGCCGCCAAGGGGGCGGUCAAUGCCCCGCUCCUGCGGGCCGCCGGGGUGCUGAGGAGGAACGGGUUUAAGACCGGCAUCUUCACCAACAACUGGGUGGACGACAGCGCGGGGCGGCUCUUCACGGCCACGCUGCUGGGCGCGCUGCGCAGGCACUUCGACGUGGUGAUCGAGUCGUGCCGCGCCGGGCUGCACAAGCCGGACCCCCGGCUCUACGCCCACGCCCUGGAGGUGCUGCAGGCCAAGCCGCAGGACGUGAUCCUGCUGGAUGACAUCGGGGAGAACUUGAAGCCGGCCCGGGAGAUGGGCAUGGCCACCAUCCUCGUCAGGGACACCGAAACCGUCCUGAAGGAGCUGCAGGAGCUCUCGGGCGUGCAGCUUCUCCACCAGGACGAGCCGCUGCCGACCGCCUGCGACCCGGCCGACGUGAGCCACGGAUACGUGCCCAUACGGCCCGGCGUCCAGCUGCACUUCGUGGAGAUGGGGCAGGGCCCCCCCGUGUGCCUCUGUCACGGCUUCCCCGAGGUCUGGCUCUCGUGGCGCUACCAGAUCCCCGCGCUGGCUGACGCUGGUUUCCGCGUCAUCGCUUUGGAGAUGAAGGGCUACGGGGAGUCCACGGCGCCGCUGGAUGUAGGAGAGUAUUCCCAGGAGCAGAUCUGCAAGGACCUGGCGGUUUUCCUGGACAAACUGGGCAUCCCGCAGGCCGUGUUCAUCGGCCACGACUGGGGCGGCAUGGUGGUCUGGAACAUGGCCCUCUUCUACCCCGAAAGAGUGAGGGCUGUGGCCUCGCUCAACACCCCGUACCGGCCCGCGGACCCCGCCGUGGACAUAGUGGAGAAGAUGAAAAGCAUCCCCACGUUCGAAUACCAGUUCUACUUCCAGGAGCUGGGCGUCGCGGAGGCAGAGCUGGAGAAGGACGUGGGGCGCACGCUGAAGGCCCUGAUCCGCUCCACCCGCCAGGAGGACCGCCUGCCCUCCGCGCCCAGCUUCCUCGGCAUCCAGGAGCGAGGGGGGCUGCUGGUCGGCUUCCCCGAAAACCCUCCGGAGAGCCUGAUCCUGCACGGCCCCGAGCUGCAGUACUACAUCCAGCGCUUCCAGAAGUCCGGCUUCAGGGGUCCGCUGAACUGGUACCGGAACAUGCGGCCCAACUGGCGCUGGGCGCUCACCGCCAAGGACAGGAAGAUCCUGAUGCCCGCGCUGAUGGUGACGGCGGGGAAGGACGUGGUGCUGCACCCCAGCAUGAGCAAGGGCAUGGAGGAGUGGGUGCCGCAGCUGCGCCGGGGACACCUCGAGGAGUGCGGCCACUGGACGCAGAUGGAGAGGCCGGCGGCGCUGAACAAGAUCCUGGUGGAGUGGCUGGAGGGGCUCCCCGCCGACGGGGCCGUGCCCAGGGUGUCCCGGCUGUGAGCGGGGCCGGGGGCAGACCCCGACCCCAAACCCCUUGCUCCCGGUGCGCUUCUCCCUGCAUCGCCCCGACCCCGUCCCGGGGGCUGCCCGUGCUCUGGGGCUGUGCUCGGAGGGUCCCGGUGCCUGCCUGGUUUUCUCCGGGAGGUUUGGAUGCACUAAUGAUAAUUAAUGCUGCUGCGGAAAUCGCCCCCCGCCCUGUAACCCGUGGAGAAAUAAAGCACAAGGUGAGCU